AAUUUAUCUUCUUGUUCAGAAUGUCAUACAGAGUAACACCGAAAAGACAUCGUAGCUCAGCCAGAAACAUUCCUAGCCCAAAAAAGACAAGUGAAUUAAGUAAUAUUAGCCUUUUUUCGAAGGUAAGUGACACUCGGAAUGGCUUGAAAACCACCAGGAACCACAAUUAUUCCUCCCCCAUAAACAUGAAGCAUGAGUCAUGCAUGCUGCCUCAGAAAAAGCCUGAUUAUAACAUUGACGAAAGAUUGAAAGGUAUCAAGGAUAAACUUGAAAAUGCGAAUAAGAGGCAUUUACAAUCCUUAGUUCUCAAGCAAGUAAAGUCAAUAUGUAAGGUCCCUUCUAGAAUGUAAGCAGGGUUAGCAACG